AUGAAAGAGCGUAUUAAAUACUUGAACGACAAGAAAGUCAAUGUCAAAGGCAAAUAUGUAGCCUAUUGGAUCUAAGCCAGUUAGAGAACCAAGUACAAUCACGCUCUUGAACUGGCUAUUUAAAAGGCAAAUCAAGAAUAAAUACCCUUAUUCUGUUUCUUUGGGCUAACCAAAUAUCCUGCCGCUAAUCAAAGACCUUAUCACUUUAUGUUAGAGGGGUUGUAAUAAUUAAAAACUAGCCUUGCAGAUCGAAAAAUAUUAUUUGGAGUUGCCAAACAAUCUCCAGAUGAUUUGGCUAUCUCCAUUGCUCAAAAUGCUAAAUUACUUAUUGUUGAUUGUGGCUAUCUCAGAAUCUAAAAACAAUGGAGAAAAAAAGUAGCAGACACUAUUGAUUGUUAAUUUAUACAAGUAGAAACUGAUGUUUUGGUACCAGUUGAAUAAGCAAGUCAAAAGGAGGAAUGGGCAGCAAAGACAAUUAGACCCAAAAUCUAAUCUCUUACUAAAUAUUUUGCUAAAGAAUUGAAUGAAGAAACAUUAGUCAAAUAAAUGGAUAAAUUACCAUUCUAAGAGUAUGAUAUCUCCAACAUCACAAAAGUCAUAGACGAUUUAGGAGUUGAUAAAAGUGUUUCGAUUGUUUAACAAUUCAAAGGAGGAGAAAUAGAAGCACAAAAGAGAUUGGAAGAGUUUUUGAAUAAGAAAUUAAAAAAUUAUGCUAAAAACAGAAAUGAUCCAUCACUUAAUGCAACAUCUAAUUUAUCACCCUAUCUACAUUUUGGAAUGAUCUCUCCUUUACAUAUAUACUUAGAGGCUAUGAAAUUUCCACCAUCUGAAAGUCGAGAAUCAUUUUUAGAAGAAUUGAUUGUAAGAAGAGAAUUAUCAAUGAACUUUUGCUAUUACAACGAUUUGUAUGAUAAAUAUGAAGGAUUGCCUGAUUGGGCUAAAAAUACACUUUAAGAACACGCUAAAGAUAAGAGAGACUAUAUUUACACAUUAGAUCAGUUAGAAAAGGCAAAAACGCAUGAUGUAUAUUGGAAUUCUGCAUAACUUGAAGCUAUUCAUAAAGGUAAGAUUAGCGGGUAUAUGAGAAUGUAUUGGGGUAAAAAGGUAAUAGAAUGGACAGAAUCCCCAUAGUAAGCAUUCGAAUAUUUAGUUUUUUUGAAUGAUAAAUACCAUUUAGAUGGAAGGGAUGCAAAUGGAUAUACAGGAGUAGCCUGGUGUUUUGGAAAACAUGAUAGGCCAUGGACAGGUAGAAAGAUUUUUGGGAAUAUUCGAUAUAUGAUUGAUAGCGGUCUAAAACGAAAAUUUGAUACAGGAUAAUAUGUGAUGAAUGUGAAUUAGUUAAAAAAGCAAUCCUUAAAAUGA